AUGGUCUCUGUCGGUCAGAGAGUGUCAAACAGACGUUCCAAGCGCCCCGUCAUCAACGAGGACAAUGAAUUUGACGAGACUGACGUCAAACGUGAGACUGACGUCAAACAUAUCCACAAGCGUGGCAGACACACAUACUCUCCCGCAACUGUCACUCCCGAUCCGACCAACCCAACCUCGUUCAAACAGCCUUCGAAUCAAGUACAAAGCACCCUCGAGUCGCUUGCCAAACAAUGCAAGGCUGAAGCCGACCAAGAGCACACCAGCCAGAUCGAGAUGUCGCGGACCGAAAUCGCACAACUCCAAGUCGAAAUCUCGCACCUUCAAGCUGAGCUUGCCGGCCAGAAGCAAAAAAAUAUAGAUGUGGAUAAGGAGGUCGAAGACCAAAAGAAGAGGGCCGAGGAGCAGAACACCGAGAUAUUUACUCUCGAGGGCGAGGUUGCGCAGGAGAAGGAGAAGAACAAGGAGUUGAAGGAGAAGUACGAGGAUGUGAUGAAGAAGUACGAGAGGUUGAACAAGGAGUUGAAGGAGAAGUACGAGGAUUUGAUGAAGAAGUACAAGAGGUUGAACAAGGGAGUACAGGACCUCCUAGACAGCGACUGA